AGACGGAGGGUGGGGUCUCAGGGUCUCCUGGCACUGGCUGCAGCAGUUCAGCCCAUUCUCCUGCUGCCCGGGAGGCAGAUGGACCAUCCCACUCCCCCACACCUUCCUGCGCUUAUGACCUGGAGUUUUAAAAGCCUCUUUUUCACUUUCUUUCAGCAUUGAAAUGCUCAACAUCAGCUCACAAGCUCUCGAAUCUGCUCUUAACGGGACCCUUUCCCAGGACAGCAGCUGCCCGGACACCGAGUGGUGGGGCUGGCUCAAUGCCACCCAGGCCCCCUUCCUCUGGGUCCUGUUCGUGCUGGCUGCGGUCGAGAACGUCUUUGUCCUCAGCGUGUUCUGCCUGCACAAGAGCAGGUGCACAGUGGCCGAAAUCUACCUGGGGAACCUGGCGGUGGCUGACCUGAUCCUGGCCUGCGGGCUGCCCUUCUGGGCCAUCACCAUCGCCAACAACUUUGACUGGCUCUUCGGAGAGGUCCUGUGCCGGGUGGUGAACACCAUGAUCUACAUGAACCUGUACAGCAGCAUCUGCUUCCUGAUGCUGGUGAGCAUCGACCGCUACCUGGCCCUGGUGAAGACCAUGUCCAUGGGCAGGAUGCGCGGGGUGCGCUGGGCCAAACUCUACAGCCUGGUGAUCUGGGGGUGCACGCUGCUCCUGAGCUCGCCCAUGCUGGUGUUCCGGACCAUGAAGGGGUACAGUGAUGAAGGCCACAAUGUGACCGCGUGCGUCAUCAUCUACCCGUCCCACACCUGGGAGGUGUUCACCAAUGUUCUCCUGAACUUGGUGGGCUUCCUGCUGCCCCUGAGCGUCAUCACCUUCUGCACGGUGCAGAUCAUGCAGGUGCUCCGGAACAACGAGAUGCAGAAGUUCAAGGAGAUCCAGACGGAGAGGAAGGCCACCGUGCUGGUCCUGGCCGUGCUGCUGCUCUUCGUCGUGUGCUGGCUGCCCUUCCAGAUCAGCACCUUCCUGGACACGCUGCUGCGCCUCGGCAUCCUCUCGGGCUGCUGGAACGAGCACAUCAUCGACGUCAUCACGCAGAUCAGCUCCUACGUGGCCUAUAGCAACAGCUGCCUCAACCCGCUGGUGUACGUCAUCGUGGGCAAGCGCUUCCGGAAGAAGUCCCGCGAGGUGUACCGGGGCACGUGCGGGAAAGUGGGGUGCGGGCCCGAGCCCGUCCCGGCGGACAACUCCGUGGGCACGCUGCGCACCUCCAUCUCAGUGGACCGCCAGAUUCACAAACUGCAGGACUGGGCGAGGGGCAGCCAGUGAACCGGCCCGGGGGCUGCUGCUGUCGUGCGCGAGGACAGACGGACAGCGGCUGUCCAGCACGGGUCCAGCAAGGAGCUGGCGGCCUCCAGUGAUGUCGAGCAAUGAGUUGGUGUCUCAGGAAAAAUACAGGAAUGCGAUUCCCGCCCUCCAGGAUGGCUGUGCACAGCCGUGAUGAGGAGGUGACCUGGGCACAGCCAAGCGCCCCUACACGCAACAGUAUUAUUGCCCCCUGCUGACCCUGCGGGGCCUGCCGCUGCUUCCCAGGAGCCAAGGGGAGCAGGGAGCAGGGGCAGGAGUGGCCGAGCCGGUGGUCCCUCCCUGCCUCGGUGUGACAGCUCAGGGCUCCAGAGAACAGUGGUCCAGCUUUGGUCUGUGGUGGUGCACAGCCGGACCUGGCUGCACCGUUGCCCUGGGUGUCAUUAAUCCAUGCAGCUAGGACUUUGGAGGAUGACUCUGCAGAUUAAUGAAGGUUAAAUUCUUAUAAUAACCCAGCGACCAUGAGCCUUUGGCUCCUCUCACCAUUCCACAUGCGGUCCAUGCAAAAGGAGAACCCAAUAAGCACUUAUUAAGCACUUGCUGUAUACACUGCACUGAAGAGUGGACCAGAGGAAAGCCUCUCUCUGAGCAUCCGCAGAACUCGGUUGGGAGUGCCUAUGUGUUCUCAGUGACCAGUAGGCAAUUCGGUGGCAUGGUGAGGCAAGAGGCUGCAGCAGUACAGACAGCAGAGCUGGGAGGGACCCAAGGUCCCAGUUUAGCUGACUGCUAGAUGCACAAUCUCCUGGUCCCUGCCUCCGUUUCCUCUUAUGUAACAUGAGGUCAUUGUGAGGACUGAAGAAUGAGACAAGCAUAAAAGUCCUUUGAGAAGCAAAAGGUGUUUGUUGUGUCACUGUGAGAUGUCAUUCUGCACACCAAGUGGGAUGGAUUAUUAUAGGGAAAAGACUUUGAGGUUUGGAAUUCGCUCCUGGAGGAGAAUCAGACCUGGAAGCACAGCAGCUUCAGCAGGGGCUCAGUAGGGCUGGCCGUUCCCACCUGCCUUCCAUCGCCUGCCCCGCCCCCUCCCACCUUCCUCCCACCUUCCUCCCCAUCCCCCCACACACACAUCCAAGCCUUUGCAAGGGGCCACCCCUUCCGUGGCCGCAGGAGAGUGGUCUCUGGUAAGACUUGCUUGGGACAACAAUGCUCAGACCCUGGCCUCAGCCCCCACCUGUCCAGGGGUCCAGUCCUACUUCUCCCUUGUCCUGGUCUCAGCAACCAAGACUGCCAGUCAGUAGCUUAUUCAAAGGUGGCCCAGAGGGACCCAGAGAAGAGCUUGGGUGGGAAGCAGUGGAGCCGUCCAAGGGCCGAGACCCAUGAAGGUCGCUCACCCCAAGGCAUCAGCUUCUGGGACCAGCCUCCCUACACCAUAGGGAGGCCCACAGCCCUGGACCAGCCUCCCUACACCAUAGGGAGGCCCACAGCCCUGGACCAGCCUCCCUACACCAUGGGGAGGCCCACAGCCCUGGGUGUGCCGAGCCUGUACCCACUGGGCUGCCCGGUCAGGGCAUGUGUGACCUCGAGGAAGCCCCGUGGAGACCACAGACCCACUUGUUGAACAGAUGGGAGGCUAAACAGAGGCCCGAGCAGGCCUUCCAUCAGGGGACUUGCUGCACGUGCUCCCCUUAGGGCCAGGCACAGGGCCUGGCUGGGCUCUGCCACGGGGCGCAGGCGAGGCUCAGUGAUGCAUGGCACACUGCCCCAGUCCCUGGGAUGCGCCUAAUUAACUGUCUGCUGUGGCCAGUACCGUGCCAAGUCUCAGGGGCUGCGCCAGUGGAGGGGCCAUGGCCCGGACUCCAGCAUCAGGCAGCUUAGAGCCAGGCAGCGCUGCAGCAGUGAGCUCAGUGGAACAGGAAAUGAAGAUUAGCAGCCAGCUGUUAGACCCCAGGAGGAUCAGGGUGCAGUGAGCCCAUAAUUCCUGGCCAAUCUGACUCUGAUUUUGUCACCAAAAAAUCCCCCCCCAACUUCCUUCCCCAGGGAGCUGCUGGUUACAGCUGGUCACAGCCUUGGGCUCCUCAUGUUCUGCCUGAUCUGGGGCGAGACUGCUUCGGCCAGAGGGGAGCCACCCAUGGGGAGGUGUUGAUCCCCUGGUGGAGAGGUCUGUCCCCGGAAAGAGCCCAGAGCUGUCACUUGUGCAGGAAAGCAGCUCAGCAGCCACAGGAAGAGGGACCCUGUGAGCAUGCGUCUUGUCCCACAGCAUAAUAAAUGGAUGAGUGGUUUUUCACUUGAUCCCUUCGCUUGUCACAGCUCCCUAACCUUGAGUUUUGUCCCUGGAUGCUGCCUUGGGAAGUCGCAAGGCUGAGGGGCUGGGGGAUCCACUGAUUUCUUCCGGCUUCUGGCGUGUAGAUCAGGGUCUCAUGCUUUUGCAAUGAUGGAGCUUCACAAAUUUCCUAGAUCCCUCCAUGGGGAGCUCCUCACCAGCUCCCUUCGUGGGUGCCCACGAGGCCCAGAAUCACAGACGGCCGAGGUUCAGUCUUCAUUCACACAGGAUGUAUUUUUGAGUGCCUACACUUGACCUUCCCUUCAAAUCAGGAGUCGAAUAACAUCCAGAGUAAGAGCUACCGCCUGCACGUUCUCAGGGCAGCUGUACCCAUCCGCCUCAGUGUCCUUCAUUCAGUUCUGUCCUUCGCUAAACAGAACUUGCAUUCUGUGUCUCCAUAAGUAGCACAGCCCUGGGGGCGGGGGCAGGGGCUGAGGCAGGAGGAUUGCAAGUUCCAGAUGGGGCUGGGCAACUUAGUGAGAUCCUGUCUCAAAAAGGACUGGGGGCCUAGUUCAGUGUUAGCCCCUGGGUGCCCCUGGGUUUAGUCCCCACUACAGAAAAAGUCUAAAAUCACUUCUCAGUCUGCCCUCCAGACCCUGGGGCUCACUGUUCAAUGCACCUCUUUUUAAUGCCUCCCACUUGGUGGGUCAGCACAUCUUUGAGACUCGACCCCAUGAGUGCUUCAGCAGGGGCUCAGUAGGGCUGGCCGUUCCCACCUGCCUUCCAUCUGGAUCUACCCACUUCCAUGUCCACCUGACUUCAGUUGGUCUCUCCACCUCCAAUAUUAGCCACCACCAUCUCCCAGGUCUCCAGUCUGCAGCCAAGGUCACCUUUGAAGGACUCACACACGCUCACGGAUCAGGGCUGGGGCACAGGCUGUGGGACAGCAUGGCUGUGGAUGCCCUGCCAGCCAGUCCUGCCCUGGGCUCCUCUUGCUGAGUGGUCUUGACCAUCCCACCGCGUCGACAUCGCUUUGUCUAUAAAACGGGAGGCAGAGCUGGCAGCAAACUGGACAUCAAGUGACCCCACGGGAACUCCUGCUCCAAGUCAGGGCACCGCUGACUUACGAAGCCACUUGAGAGGCGUCUUUGUGCUUCCGUAGGCCAAGAACCGGCUGUGUCCUGGGCCUUCGUCGUACUACCCGACCCUGACCCCACUGCAAGGCCUCACACAGCUUCCUGACCAUCCCCCAGUACCGGCCCAGGGGACGUGUGGUCAGCCACGAGUAACAGAGGUCGCGGUUUGCAAUGUGACUGCUGAAAGUUUAAGUCUGUUUGCGGUUUUUGGCGGUGGCCAGGCCUAAGGCCAAGAGGCCCAUCAAAUAUUUCACACUGUGUUGAGCGCCCGUGGGACUCCGUGCUCCUGAGUGGAAGGCCCUCAGUUCACAAGGUUGACUUACAAUUUUUCAAAUAUUCGGUAGGAACCGUACUUUAAAUUUUGAACCUAGAUCUUCCCUGGGUUGGCGAUCAGCCAUCUGAUCCUCUAUCGGUCCUGGACAGCGGAAGCCACCAAGGCGCAGGCUAGAGGUCACAAGGUGAAGCAGACCAGAGACCCCCACCCGGGAGACCCCCACCUGGGGGACCCUCACAUAAUCCAGCAGAAACCCCCACCAUAUUUGUAACAUGUAAGUUCCUCCUUACAUGUCAGAAAACUUUUUACACAGGACAACAGCCAAAAUUCCUACAAAAAACCCCACGUGGGGCAGGGCUUCCUAUUUCUUGUGAGGCCGAGUUGCUCCAUCUUGCAAAAACUGAGUGUGGCCGCAGACUUGAUGGUGUCUCUUCUGCUUUUGUUAUAAAACCUCUGACUAAUCUAAAAUAAAACAUGGGACCAAAAGCACUCUCUGUGAACUCAAGGGAAAAAAUAAUCUUUUAUGCAGACUCUACAAAAAUGGAAACCUCCAGCCCCGUCCCCUUGGGGAUAAGGUUUCAAGAAUUUCCAGACUCAAAGUCCAGAGAAUUUCAGGCAACAGCCCCUCUGGACCCUACAGUCAAUAAACCUGCUUCCUGGAGA